AUGAAUGUAAUAGAUCAUGUACGGGAUAUGGCUGCCGCUGGCCUUCACUCUAACGUUCGGAUACUGAGCAGUUUGUUGCUGACGAUGAGUAAUAACAAUCCAGAACUGUUCUCUCCGGCCCAGAAGUACCAGUUGUUGGUUUACCACGCCGAUGCAAUUUUCCAUGAUAAGGAAUAUCGUAAUGCUGCCUGCAAAUACAGUAUGGCAUUGCAACAGAAGAAGGUGCUGAGCAAAACAUCUAAAGUUCGUACUUCUACUGGUGGAGCUGCAUCUAACAUACAGGCACAGAGUUUGCCGUCAGAAAUUGAGGUAAAGUACAAGAUAGCUGAAUGCUACACCAUUUUGAAACUGGAUAAAGAUGCCAUUGCAGUGCUCGAUGGGAUUCCAUCCAGACAGAGGACUCCAAAGAUCAACAUGAUGCUAGCUAACCUGUACAGGAAAGCUGGUCAGGAGCGUUCUGCUGUGACAAGCUACAAAGAGGUCCUCAGACAGUGUCCCCUUGCCCUGGAUGCAAUCAUUGGUCUUCUCUCUUUAUCAGUCAAAGGAGCUGAAGUAGCUUCCAUGACUAUGGAUGUGAUCCAGAGUAUCCCGAACCUGGACUGGCUCUCCGUUUGGGUUAAAGCGUAUGCCUUCAUACAUGCAGGGGACAAUCAAAGAGCCAUCAACACUAUAUGCUCUCUUGAGAAGAAGUCUCUGUUGCGGGACAACGUGGACCUCCUGGUGAGCCUGGCAGAUGUCUACUUCAGGGCAGGUGACACCAAGAACGCCAUCCUCAAAUUUGAACAAGCCCAGAUGCUGGACCCGUACCUCAUCAAAGGAAUGGAUGUUUAUGGCUACCUGAUGGCCCGCGAAGGACACUUGGAGGAUGUUGAAGUCCUGGGGGGACGAUUAUUUAAUAUCUCAGACCAGCAUGCAGAACCCUGGGUUAUCUCUGGCUGUCACAGCUUUUAUAGCAAGCGUUACUCCAGGGCCCUCUACCUGGGAGCCAAGGCCAUCCAGCUAAACAGCAACAGUGUGCAGGCUCUCCUCCUGAAGGGGGCAGCACUGAGAAACAUGGGUCGUGUUCAAGAAGCCAUCAUCCAUUUCAGAGAGGCCAUGCGCUUGGCACCCUGCAGACUGGACUGCUAUGAAGGUCUGAUCGACUGUUACCUGGCAUCCAAUGGGAUUCGAGAGGCUAUGGGGAUGGCCAAUAACAUUUAUAAGACCCUGGGGGCCAAUGCACAGACUCUGACCAUCCUUGCCACAGUGUGCCUGGAAGAUCCGGUGACUCAGGAGAAAGCCAAAACCCUGCUGGACAAAGCACUGGCCCAGAGACCUGACUACACCAAGGCUGUGGUCAAGAAGGCCGAACUGCUCAGCCGGGAACAGAAACACGAAGAAGGGAUCGCUCUGCUCCGGUGCGCCCUGGCCAAUCAGAGUGAUUGUGUCCUGCACCGAAUGCUGGGAGAUUUCCUGGUGGCUGUCAACGAUUACCAAGAAGCCAUGGAUCAGUACAGCAUAGCACUAAGCCUGGACCCCAAUGACCAGAAGUCUUUAGAAGGCAUGCAGAAGAUGGAGAAGGAGGAGAGUCCCACAGACGCCACGGUGGAGCUGGACGGUGAUGACAUGGAGGGCAGUGGAGAGGAUGGAGAUCUUGAGGGCAGUGACAGUGAGGCAGCACAGUGGGCUGAUCAGGAACAGUGGUUUGGUAUGCAGUGACCCAGGCCACUGUCGGCUCAACCCUCCCAACACACUGCAGCCCGUGGGACACUCUCUGAUGCCCUUAUCCCAACAUUCUGACAACCUUAUCAGCCCCUUCACUCUGGAGCUAGUUGAGGCUCAUCUAUCCAGCUGUCCAAUACAUUCUUACGAUCCAAUGGACACUCAACCUCAGAGGAAAUCAAGAGGAGUUGUUUUACACCAUGAUUGCUUAUUGUUUGUAAAAAUGAAGUAAUAUCUCUUCAGCACUUCUUGUUUUGUCUUUGCUGGCAGUCUGCGUCUACCAGAACAGAACUGUUCCAGGUAGUGCAAAGUACAAUUUAAUUACACCAGUGUCCGUGUUUUGGAUCCUUUUUUGAGGUUGAGUUGGCAGGAUGUUUAUUGGGAAAUGUAGGCUGAAGCAAUUGGUCAAAAUCAGCUGGUGCGAUGGGAAUAUAUUUUGUAGCCCCAUAAAGGCUGGAUUUGUCUGUCAGAUUUUAAAUUUGUGUUUGGUUUGAGCUUGACUGACUUGCGUGUUUGCAGGGAAGGUUGUGAAAUUGCCAGGACUUUGCGUCUCUGACAGGCUAAGAGGGUCUGUGAAAAAGUGACCAUGUACCAUAUUUCUGCUGCUCUUUAAAAUGUAUCAACUUAAUUUUAACAUGAGAAUGCGUCAUGUAAUGUACAUGCUUAUUAUGGUGUUGUGUAGUCUGCCUUUCUGUAUAAAAAAAAUAACCCUACAAUUGACUUAAGUUGGGAAGUGUGACUUAACCAUUUCAAGAAAAAUGUUUAUAGUAUUUUGUACAUAUUUUUAAAGUGCAUACAAUUAUUAAAUGCUCACUUGACAUGAAUGUAGUAGA